AUGACGACUUCUGAAGCCACGCACGCUGCUGUCGUCGGCUCGCCCCACACCACCUCGCAUCACACCAGCUCGCCCCACACCAUCUCGCCCCACACCACCUCGCCCCACACCACCUCGCCCCACACCACCUCGCCCCACACCACCUCGCCUCACACCACCUCGCCCCACACCACCUCGCCCCACACCACCUCGCCCCACACCACCUCGCCCCACACCACCUCGCCCCACACCACGUCGCCCCCCACCCCCGCGCCCCACACCGCCUCGCCCCCACACCACCUGCCCCACACCACCUCGCCCCACACCACCUCGCCCCACACCCCCUCGCCCCACACCACCUCGCCCACACCACCUGCCCCACACCACUUCGCCCCACACCACCUGGCCCCACACCACCUCGCCCCACACCACCUCGCCCCACACACCCUCGCCCCACACCACCUCGCCCCACACCACCUCGCAGAGGUUCCCAACCUUUUCAAACCCACGGGCCAGUCGAACAAGUGA